AUGGCUGAAUUGUCUGAAGAAGCCAAAGAACACUUGUUGGAGUAUCCAAUAGAAACAUGGUGCAGGUCCUUUUUUGACACAAUUUGCAAGAAUCAGAAAGUGGAAAACAAUUUGGUUGAGUCAUUCAACUCUUGGAUAGUAGAACCAAGACACAAACCUAUCAUUGGGAUGCUUGAGGAAAUAAGACUAAAGGUGAUGGAGAUGAUGAGAUCAAAUGAAGAGGAGGUGAGUGAAGGGACUGACAAGCACAUUGUAAAUUUGGCAACUAAGAAGUGCAGUUGCAGGGUAUGGGACCUUACUGGAAUCCCAUGUCCCCAUGCCAUCAAAGCACUUUUGCACAGUAAGCUUGAUCCCAAGAAAGAAAUCCAUUGGUGGUACUCAAAGGAAGCAUAUAUUUUGACUUAUCAUUACAAGUUGCAACCAGUUCCAGGGCCAAAAUUCUGGAAAAUAGAUCCCCUUGCAGCGAUGGAACCACCUCCCUUUGUAAAAUUGGUCGGUAGACCUAGAGAAAAGAGAAAAAGAGACAAAGAUGCACUUAAGAGGCAAACUGAAUGGGUUGCACCAAGGAGAGGACGAGUUAUGUCAUGUUCAACUUGUGGAGUUGUUGGACACAAUGCUAGGGGGUGUGAAAAGGAAGAAAGACAAUCAAGUCAGCCUUCUUUGGGCAACCAGACAUUGUUUGGUCAGUCCUUUGGACAGCCUCCUGACUAUGAAUAUCCCUCAUUUGAAGAAGAAGUUGAAGAUGACCUACUAUGGAGGACAAGAGGUGUGUCAGAGUUGAAGUCUAGAAUCUAA